AUGGUCAAAGUCCUCAUUUCCUUCAGCGUGUUGGCCGGUGUUGUUAUGGCUGGCUCCGUCACGGAACUCCCCGAGUCUGUGACCAAGCUUAUUGACUACUCCAUCAACCCCUGCGAAGACUUUUACCAAUAUGCGUGUGGCGCGUGGCACAAGGAUGCUCUUGGUGAGUUUUACAACUCCUGUUUGGACACGGCUACGCUAUCGUCGCUCGGCGUGACUCCGCUGGAGGACUCGUUCAAAGCCAUUCGGUCGGCCAACACCACGUUGGACCUCCUCGUCGUGGCUGGUGAAUUGGACAAGAACGGAAUUCCUGCCUUCGUCGACAUCGAAUCCAACGCUGACGACAACGACUUGACAAAGAACGCCCUCUUCGGUUUCCGAGCCCUCCUGCCGCUGAAUCGCGAGUUCUACACCAACCCUUCCAACUGGGAGAUCGUCGAAGCCGACUACAAGGUGUACAUUGCGUCUGUGUUGCAGCUAGCUGGCUACACUGCUGAGAAAGCGGCGGCUGCCGUGCCGGUGAUCAUCCGUUUUGAGCAAACUCUGGCCGGUAUCGCCCUCGGCAAGAUCGAGAGGCCGGACGGCGUUGUGUCUCCGUAUACUGCGUUGACGUACUACCAGCUGGACCAGAAGUACCCGCUGCUUGUCGGCUCGUGGCUCAAGGCCCACGGCUUCAACGUCCGCGACCAGUGCGGUGGGUCGAACGACUGGGUGGCGUUUUUCGACUUGACCUACUUUGACAAGACCGAAGAGUUGUUGAAGAACACGUCGCUGGACAACCUCCGCACCAUCGUGGAGUACAAGCUCAUCCACGCCUCGUCGAGGUUCUUGACCCCUGAAUUCCGCACGGCGAACUGGAACUUGUUCGACAAGAAGAUCUAUGGUGAAAAGGUGCAACCUUCUCGUGAAAACUUCUGCCUGACUCAGACGACCGCCACCCUGAGAGAUCUAUUGGGCCAGUACUUCUUAGACGCGGUGUGGUCGGCUGAUACAGCCAAGACGGCCGACGACCUGGUCAAGGCCGUGAAGUCGUCCUUCUCCACUGGCAUUGCCACCGCCGACUGGUUGGACAACUCAACCCGCGCCAACGCGCAAACAAAGCUGUCCAAGAUGUUACACUUGUUGGGUGGCCCGGAAAAGCCGCAGCUGUACCCCACGCUCACGUUUGACUCGAAGUCGUAUUUGAACAACCGGUGGAAGGUGUCUCAAGUGGACAUCGACACCAACUUGAAGCUGAACGGCCAACCUGUGGACACACGCAAUUUUAACGAACAGCCACAUUUGUCGGCCGCGUUCUACUCGAAACACGACAACAAAAUUUUGAUCCCGGCCGGCAUUUUGCAAAAACCAUACUUUGACAGCCAAUUUGACGCCGCCCAGAACUUUGGUGCCAUCGGGAUGGUCAUCGGACAUGAAAUUACUCACGGGUUCGACAACGAAGGCCGCAAUUACGAUGGCGAUGGCAACUUGAAACAGUGGUGGUCGAACGCCACCAACAAUGCGUUCAAGACGAAAGCCCAGUGCAUUAGCGACCAGUACGACAACUUAGUCGUCAAUAGCGAAGUCACUGGCGCUGUGUUGGGCAACAUCAGCGGCAAGAUCACUUUGGGUGAAACCAUUGCGGACAACGGGGGGCUCAAGACCAGUUUUCGCGCGUACCACGAGUACUUGAAGGAGUUCCCGUCCCAGUAUACGGCAGAAGCAGGUGACAAAUUGUUCUACUUGUCGUACGCCCAAGCCUGGUGCUCCAAGAACACGGAUGCCCUCCUCCUCGGGUCUUUGUCGUGGAAGCACCCGCGCGGUCGGUACCGCGUGACAGGGGCGUUGCAAAACAACGCUGAGUUUGCCCGUGUGUUCCAGUGCCCCACCGACUCGUACUUGAACCCGUCCAAGAAGUGCUUGUUGUGGGAAUAG